UCGAACUACACGAUAGGUGAUCAAUAUUAGAUAAAAAGGUUCGAAUAGACAUUUAAAUGUGUUGUUGUUCACUGUCAUUUAGCUUGUUAAUAAAUAAAUAACGUAAUUACACAUAAUUCUAAAGUUAGUUCGGAAAACCUACUGAUAACCUAUUCGGUCAGUUUUUAUGGUAGAAAACAUUUGAUGAAAAUGAAUAAGCAACAGAAGCAACGUACUAUUGAAAACGAAAAGAAGUGGAAACAUUUUCUAUCGAGUAUCAAAAGAGUGCAAAAUGUUCAAUCAAAUAAUGUAUGUAUAAAUUCUAAAAUUAAUACAAAAUGUCUGGCAAAUGAAUUUGCAAACAAGCUGUUGAAGAGGAAAGGCGGAUAUAUUGAGAUAAGUGGAAGUAAAGAUACAAUGGAAACUUAUAAACAUUUAAAUGUUGAAGAACCUCAAACCAAACCACAAAAUAUGUCUUUUUAUGACGGAAGUCAGAUAGGCAUGUCACGGGCAAACACAUGGCCAAAAGAAAGAUCUAAAUAUACAGAACUAAUUAAUAUUUCUGGUAUUGAAUCUGCCCGCCGUCAGCUUAGCUUCGAAACAACUAAACCAAUAGUUUGUGAUUCGUCUGACGAAGAAAUGAGUUCAAGUAUUUUAGAAACAAUUCCUUCGGAAAAGUUCGGAUAUCACUGGAAGUCACGACCUCGGUAUGAUAUUCCAAAUGAUAUAGAUUUGAGUCCCAGUAAAAAAAUCAAGUUUGGAAAGGAAUUAUUCGCAGAUAAAACGAUAAAAAGCCAAACAGAACAAACAACCGGAAGUUUAAAAGAGGUACAGGAAAAAUACGAAAAAGAAAAGGAAGCAGCUGAAGUAGACAAUAACGCACCUGGCACAACAGCAAUGUCUGAAGGCAGUAUACCUAGUCAUGUGGAAAAUUUUGAAAUUAAUCGGAAAAUAGAUCGUGUUACAAAUUCAACAUCAAUAAAAUCUGAUAUUGAUAAUUCAUACAGGGAAACAGUCCGGAAAAUCGAAAAGCCAACAGACUUUUCGGAAGCUCUAAUAACACCAGUAACAGAUACAGUGAUAUUGGUGCAGGGAGAAAACGAAAAAUGGAAGGAAGAAGACAAAGAAGACAAUGGGCCUGUCACACUACAGGUGUCAGCAGACGAUAUUUCUCAUAUUGAGGCAAAUUUUGAAAUUAAUCGUUUACGAGAUCGAAAUGAAAAUAUUCCAAAGUCCAAAAAAUCUGACAUUGAUAAAUCAUGCAGUAAAUGGACUGUAUCAAAUAUUGCGGAAUACUUUGAUUUUGAUGAGACAGUUCGAAAAAUUGAAAUGUCGACAGAUUUUGCCGUAGGUGCUGAAAAUGUGUCAGAAAAUAUUCAAUUAGAAUUAAUUCGAAAACUUCAAGUAUUUAAGGCUGUGCAAACAUAUAAAAGCAAGCAAAAUAAUGAUACAGAAAUUCUUUCACAUUUAAGGUCUAUCACGGUAACAGAAUGCGGAAGUAGGCUUGUACUAGACGCGUUACUUAUUCCACUGUGCUCGUCGCUAGGCUUAAACAUUGAGGUAGACAAAAACAUAAAUUGCAAUUUUCUCCCGAACUGCAGAUUUGAUUAUUGCAUAGCUAAAGAUGAUAAAUUAAUUGGGUGUGUGGAAACAAAAAGCAUCAAAAGUUUGAACGACAGCGCCGUUGCGCAGGCUUUGCUGCAAUUGCUAAUUUUGCAGACGAAUUUGUUACGAGUCGAUGACAUUGGUGAUGCCUUUAGCAAAAAAUGUCCAUUAUUUGCUGUUGUCACUGAUGGACAUAGAUUUAUUUAUAUUCAAUUGCAGGAGGCCGUAUUUAAAUUUGAACACGAAGGAGAAAAGGUUAAAGUUCGCGAAAUCGCGCAUGAAGACGAUGUUAAGUGCAUUUUGGAACAAAUCGGUUACCUAAUGAAUGAAGCAACCGCUGCACUAGGAGGGACUAACUUGGAUUCAAGUACAGUGACAGAGACAAACUCAAUGAGUUCAAAUAAGAUAUUGCCAAAUGUAAUUGAUUUAGAUUAUCAGAAUUGUGAGGACCCGUCUAUAAUCGUCAUUGACUGAGGCAUGCUGAUAAAUAAAUUGAACGUUCAGUCAUACAAUCGAAGUACAAACUCGUGUUUUAACCGAUACUAGUUUUUUCCAAUUAUAUAAUUUUAGAGAGUAAUUUAUACUAUAACAAAGUAGAUCACUCGAUAAAAAACAAUUUUGUCUUGUAAUCCUAAUGCAGGAUUUUUCGAUUUGUCUCUACCUUUUAGUUUCAAGGUUAAGCGACUACUAUUAAAUGGAGUUUUUCGUAGGCAUCCAAAAAAUUCCUGGAGGAAAACGACCAUGUUUGUCCUGUAAUUGAAUGGAAACUCUUAUCAUUUUACAUUGAACUAAACUAUCUAUUUUUUUCAGAGGUGACUUAUUUGGAAACAUCUUGAAUUAUACCAGAUUUGAAUUUAUAUAUAUAUAUAU